CCGCUCCCAGACAGAUAAAAAGACGGGGGUAUGGUCAGAAACAAGUCAGAACAAAGCUCAAGUUGGAUUGCUUGACAAUAAACCUGUGGAAGAACUAGACUAUAGGGAUUAGAGGUACACGUGAAGGAUCAGUAAUUGCAGCAAAGCGUUACGUUUAAAGUUUUUGUACGUUUAAAGUUUUUGUAAACUUCAGCAUUAGGGGACGCUGUAUCUAGAAGGUUGCUAAGGACGCUUAGUGAAAACUCUCUGCGUAUUGAGAAGCAGCAUCAGAUAACUGUUCCAUAACCCAUAAAUUUUUUAAAGAAACACCUGUUGGUGUGCGAAGUGAGAAGGAAGACCAGGAAGUAUGCGACCAGGAAGUUGGCCAAGCUGGGCAUUGGCAGCCACUUGCUUGUUGUGGAGUUUUCUCCUUGUAGGAAGCGUUCUGGGGAACCCAAUUACGAUGGCAGAUGACGAGAGGAAUGAACUUCGGGAAUGGCAGAAGUAUCGGGGGAUGACCAAAGAGGAGUUCACAGCCACCACGUGCGUUUUGGGAGAACUACACAGGUGCCUAUGCUUGAAACAAUCAAAACAGUGCCCGCCCCAAGGAUUCUGUCUUGAGGACAUAAAGCUUCAGGACAUCAUGUUUACAUACGAGGAAGCUAAGGAAGCGCUAGACAAAUGUAGAGGAAGACCAAAACGCAAGAUUUAUCCUCUGUAUAAGAACCCCAGAAAAAGCAGGGCGUGGCCAAUGCCUAUUUAUUAUGCUUUUAACAGGGCAGAAAAUGAAACACAUGAUGAGGACGAAAGAGAGGUGAUCCGAGCGGCUAUCCGCCACUGGGAGGAGAAGACGUGCGUGUAUUUCCAGGAGAUACCUGACCAGAGGGAGUUCGAUAGCACGGUUAUGGUGUUCGUGAAGCCCAUAGGAGGGUGUAUGUCCUUUGUAGCACGCUUCCCAUACGCCACAGGCAAUCGCCAGCCCAUCUACCUUGGACCCGAGUGUAUUCACAGGUCGGUGGUCUCACACGAGCUUGGCCACGCGCUUGGGUUGUGGCACGAACACGCGCGGCCAGACAGGGACGACUAUAUCACAGUGAUGUGGGACAAUAUACUCCAGGGGUUCGAAAGCUCCUUCCGUAUGGUAUCAGAGUUCAGCGCUAACACCAGUGGGGCGCCUUACGACGUGGGUUCUAUCAUGCACUACGAAGCUGGGAUCUUCGCAUCUCAGUGGAAUUACAAAACCAUGAAAACCCAAGAUGCGCUGUUACAAAAAUCCAUGGGCCACGCUGAAAAUAUUGCAUUCUAUGACGCAAAGACCAUCAACCGGUAUUACUGCCAGGGAGAAGGUAGAGAUUCCUGUUAUUGGAAUAAAUUGGAAAGAAAGUGCAGCUUUGAUGGUUACCAGCACCCUAACUACUGCGACCGCUGCGUCUGUCCUGACGGCAUUGGCGGCACUUACUGUUCUACCACAGCGCCCUCUGUAGGAGAAAGUUGUGGUGGAGUGAAGGUCGCUACCAACUACUGGCAAAUCAUACGAUCUCCAGGGUACGUCAGUCGAAGCCGGCAAUACCCCAAACAACAGGAGUGCAACUGGCUCAUCAAGGCACCACAGGAUAUGAAGGUAGAAAUGCGGUUUUCAGGCCCCAGGUUUGGCCUCCAUUGUAGAAAGUAUUACCUGGACACGUGCGUGGACUACGUUGAAGUCCGGUAUGGUCAAAGUCUGGGAACAACUGGCGCCUGGUUUUGUUGUACAGAUAAACCAAACGCUACCAUGAUCUCGGAGACCAACUUCGCCACCGUGCUGUUCCGUUCCUCGGAGACUAAAACACUGCCCGCCAAAGAGAGGCGCGGCUUUCAGCUGUCAUUUCGAGCCGUCUUCGUGGAGGAACCGGCAGAGAGGGUUAUCUACGAUUCUAGAACUCCGCGUCCGAAAACUACCAGGAGAGUCAUAACGAAAAUGCCAACAACUACAACGACCGCUACAACUACGACGACAACAACAACUCCGACAACUACGACAACGCCUACUACUACUACGACUACAACUACAACAACACCUACUACUACGACAACGCCUACAACAACCACGACUACGCCAACGACAACAACUACUACACCAACAACAACAACUACAACGCCCACAACUACUACUACGACACCAACCACAACAACAACGACGCCGACAACGACCACGAUCGCAACGACGACCACAACCACGCCCCGACCCACGCCCUAUGUCUAUCCUGGGGAUCCGUGCGCACGUGAGCCCCUCGAGAGACCGUGUGAGCACUUUGGCUUCCAGGACCCGGAUGCCUGCUACAAGUGCAUCUGCCCGGAUGGGUUUGGCGGCUGGUACUGUGAAUCUUUCGAGUGGUCAACUGGAGCUGACGGCUGCGGUGCUACUCUCUACGCUGAGAAAAAAGAAGACAGUUUUUACUCUCCAAACUACUGGUCUCCAGAGCACUUCUUCUCCUACCGUGGCGGGCAGACGUGUAACUGGCUCAUCAAGUCGCCAGAGGGCACUCGCAUAGAACUUCACUUCAGCGGGCCUCGCUAUGGAAUGUACUGUGAACCAGAUGGGUGUGUCGACUACGUGGAGAUUAAUUACGGACAAAAAUUGGUCGAGACAUCCAAAAGAUUCUGCUGUAUGGACAAACCAACGACGUACAUAUAUUCCGAAACCAACGAAGUUUUGAUUAAGUUCCGCGGUCUUGCAGAAGGUCUAAUGGGAUACGGAGAACGCCAUGGGUUCCGCCUAACGUACAGAUACCUGCCAGUUACAGCGCCAUCUACAGCAGAAACCACCACGGCAACUACCACCAUUCCAAUUCCCACCAGGAUGGUGGUGGAAGAACCCGGAUGUAAUGAUUGUGAGCAUGCGGUGACUGGCACCAAACUUCCUGCUUGUAAAAGGAACUAUUACUAUUGGAGCUAUGACGUGUGUUGUGAUAAUUUCAUUAAAGUCGAUGGAGAAUGCAUAGUCCCUGACUCCUGGUCAUCGUGGUCAAGCUGGUCAAAGUGCAGUCGACCAUGUGGUGGGUGUGGCACUCGCUGGAGGGACAGAGGCUGUGAGAGUAGACUACUGGACAGUAUUAAUAGGAAGCGAACUAUACCUAUACUAUGCGAGUCAACGGAAUAUGAAAGAUGCAACUUCAAUGCGUGUGAGUGUACCGGGGACCAAAACGGCAAGAUGUCUAACAUGUGCAGUGAAUGUUGCGAGGGAAUGAAAAAUGUAAACGGAGAGUGCCAAGACGUAAGAAGGUGACGACAACACGGAGUAGAGUAGAGAAAAUAUUAUUUAACAACUUCCAUGAUGAGCAUGGGGAAACAACCACAAAACCAAACAAGUUGGGGCUCAGGGACAGUAACUACUGGUUCAAACGAUUGCGUCGACCACGUGGACUUCAUAAAUGAAAGGAAACAUCGGUGACCAGUUGAAGUUCUUUUGAGGCGCAUGCGCAACUUAUAUUAAUGCCCUGAACAACUACGAGCACUUCCAAUCAGGAUCUGCUAAAUGUUUAUCUCUGUCCUUCGAAAGAUUAACUUCCGUUGGAGAUGUUUGGAGUGUAAGAAAAAACUGUUUGAAAUUUGUCUAUACGGCACAUGAGGAAAACAACUUUCAAUAAUCCGGAUGCUUCACGUUUCUAUGGGCAUUACUGCUCAUAUGUUAAAAUUUGCAGGACGGACACCAUCUUUCAAAAUCUCUAGAAGCCCUGACAGUUUGAAAUACCCUUCACUGAUGCAGGGCGCUUUUCUGUAUCAUACGAUGUCAAUUCGAUGGGACUGAGGCUUGAACGCACCCUACCUCAAAAAGGGGCUGAACAUAUAUUUAUUAUUUAUUUAUUUAUCAACCCCUUUGAUAAAGAUCUCGCAUUCAAUGUGUAGCUGCUUUUGCUUUGGAGCUUUUGUACACCAAAGGUGACAUAAAUCGGAAUCAUAAAGAAUUUACGUCUUCCAGUAAAAAAAGAAAGCAUGAACCUUUAGACCAAGAUAAACUGCAGAUUCUAUUUAAAAUGACUAUGCACUGAAAUAUACUACAGACGUCAGACUUGCUAACAGUAUGCAGAAAAGGCGUUUAAAGUUGCUGACAAACGGUUUUAUUUGACAUUAACUAGCAUUACCAUAUGGAAAAAGGUGUGUUGUUUUCAAGACUACUUUCAAAACAAACAAGAAAGUGGAUCAGUUAUUGAGGAUAAGAUUUACGGUGGCAGUUAAUUAAAUGACUGACAAUAUUCAUCGUAGAAAUGGGAUUAAGAGAAAAAGAAGUUCAACGCCACUUUUUGGCCAUGAGUAUAAACCUGAUUAUAAUUCUACAUGUUCAUAUACGGAGCGGAAUUCUCUCUCCUUUCUGGAGUCACCUUAAAAACAGAAUUAUAAGAGCAAAUGAGCAAUUGUGAAUUUUAAAUGGAGAAAAACUACCUUUGUAAGUGCCCAUAGUUUGUACAUUAACAGCAUUAUUAAACCGGCACCUGAUGUUUAAAGUUGUGAAGAUUAUGUGUCCUGUUUCCACACGUGGGGAGUGUCUCAAAAGUUCCCGCACACCACGCUAUUGUACAUGUCUAUUUUAUACUUUCAUUGUAUUUCUCCUGAGAAUGCAAACGUGAGAGUAUAGGAAAAAACGGCGGUCGGAAUUACAAUGUGUUUUUUAAAAGCAUGCUCUUUAGAAUUUAGCUGUGGACACAAACUAGAAAACGGAUGAUUUAUUUAUAAUGUGUCACAUAUACACUUCGGAAAUCCCUCAACAUUUGAAAAUAUCUUCGCUUGAAAGAACAUGCUUUUUCAGCUCACUGAAACCGUAUAGAGUAAAAGGUACUAGUUAUAUGCUUCAAGCAACUUUUUUUCUUUAAUUUACGCAAGUUUCGACAUACUACCACGGAUUGUAGUGAAGUAUAACCUUAAUUUAUUGACCCGUCUCUUUUGAAAGAGCCGCAUGUAAUGCACGUAGUCAAAACGGUCAUUAUCUCGUAAUAUCUGAUACACAUAACCAAUUUAAAAAACAAAGGCAAGACGUGCGGUUUGCAUACUUUUGGUCCUUCACAUACUGGUCCCGUCUGCGUCAGUUCCGCCGUGCGUGGCGGUUUAUGUAUUUUAAAAUGCGGAGUAGUUGUCACGUUUCUUUGAUAUCUGUCGAACUUUUACCUUUCUACACACCUGUAACAGCCUUCUCACGUGAUGGAAUGUCACGAGUUUCUGAAUAGCUCAUUGAGAAAAGAAAAGAAAAAGAAAAAAAAAGAUUUGAUGAAGUAUAUACUGACUGGCUGACUGGUCGUGAAUAUUGAGGAAACGCACGUUUUAUGGCGUUAUAGUUUCACGUGUGUAGGUUUGAAUCCAGUAGUUUUAAAUCUAGUAAACCAAAGAACAAACAACGACGUUUGUUAUUUACUGUAUGUUAUUAAUGUGUAUGUUUAGCGAUUGUGUCAUUUUGUGUGUAAACAAUAUGUAUUAUUUAUCCAGUAUUUAAAGGAAAAAUGUAUAUUAUACCCGUUAUAUAUCAUUCAUGAUGCCUCAGUUUUAUAA